AUGGCGGAUUCAAUGCUCAACAGUGGAAAUCCAGCGGAAGUUCCCACGUUCGGAGUUAACCAGGAAUGUCUAGCAAAAUUAGUGCAAGUGAAUGACAGCGAAUCUCUUCAGCCAUUUGGUGGCAUGCCAGGAUUAAUGGCUGCAUUGGAAACAAAUGCAGAAACAGGAAUAAGAGGGGAUACAGAAGAUCUUUACCGACGCCACAAAGCAUUUGGCCCCAACUUAUACUUGGAGGAGCAGACGUGUCCCGUGGUGGUAGAUGGCUUCUUUCGGUUGGCUUUGCAAGGUUUUAAAGAUACUACAAUUAUCCUUCUUUUGUGUUGUGCUGUACUAUCUGCUGUAAUUGGAAUCAAGAGAAACGGGCCAGUUGAAGGGCUUAGGGAUGGAGUAAUAAUGGUUUCAGCCGUCUUUUUUGUCCUCUACUUUGGUCUUAUCUGUAGAUUUAUCAAGUACAGAAUAAGCCGAAGGAGAUUGUCAAAGAUUAAAAAACAUGUUCGUGUUGUUCGACAUGGGAAAGUGCCAAAAAUUUCGGAUUCCGAAGUUGUGGUCGGUGAUAUUGUGUGCUUACAGACUGGUAAUCAGGUCCCUGCUGAUGGAUUAUUCGUUGAAGGCAACUCUUUAUUUAAGCUCGAUGAUAAUUUUUUCCGUGGCGAUUCCAAUUAUUACAAAAAUCCUUCUCUUUUUACUGGUGCUAAAGUGAAGGAAGGCAACUGCCAAAUGCUUGUGCUAUCAGUCGGCAAGAACACGGAAAGAAGUCGGCUAAUGAGAUCACAGAGCAGUACUCCGAAAAAUGAUAGCCAAGAAUCCAAACUGCAAAUCUCAAUUGAUAAUACCAACUCCUGUCUGGAGAAAAUUUGGCUGAGUCUUUCGUUAUUCAUUCUUGUAGUCCAGCUAUUCCGAUGUUUCCUGUAUGUAUGUGAUGACAGUUACAACCCAGAUUCAAAGGGUGUGAAGAACACGGUAGAGGAUUUGAUGAAUGAAUCCGCAAAGCUGAUGAAGAAGCAAGGCGCCAAAGCGAGUGGAUUGGUUGCUGUUCUUAGCAUCUUACUCUUCGCUUUGAGAGACGGGUUGCCAUUAGGCAUUUUCGUCUCUUUUGUUUAUGCAUCGAAUAAAAUGAAGUCCCACGGGGCAAUAGUUCAAAGACUUCCAUCUUGUGCUACAAUCGGCUUAGUCACCACAGUCUGCACUGGCAUAACCAAUGAUCUCGCCUUGCACCAUUCAAGGAUGGCCGAUUUGUGGAUUGGUUUCGAUUCUAUUAAGGAUGUCUCUACAGAAGUAUCUGGAGAAGUCCUUCAAAUUCUGCAAGAUGGAGUUUGUGCAUAUGCUUCUUGCAAUGGCCAAGAAAACGCCCUUUGCUAUUGGGCUCACCAGGAGCUUGAUAUUGAUAUUUCUGAAUUCAAUAAUUCUUGUGCCGUCCUUGAUAUUAAUAAAUCUCCUGAUCUCAACAAGAAUUCUAGCGGUUUGGUGCUAAAGAAACAUGAAGAGGCAGGCAGAGUUUUGCACAUUCAUUGGAAUGGAGAAUUUGAAAAAAUGCUAUCCAUGUGCUCUCAUUAUUGUAAGGGGGAUGGAACAAUGCAAACCCUAGAUGAAGAUAAAAAAGAUUUGUUGAAUAGAGAAUUUCGGCAAAUUGCAUCCAAAUGUCUCCAGGUCCUGGCUUUUGCUUAUAGAAAAAUAGACCAGGAAAAAGAGAGAGGCAAGAUUGAAGAAGAUGAUGCUGAUGAUAUCGAAGAAAUCCUAAAACCCCUUGAACAUGGGUUAAUCCUUUUAGCCCUUGUGAGCUUGAAGAAUCCAUAUGCACCUGAGAUGAGACAAUUUGUACAGUGCCUGAAACAGAAAAAUAACGUAGUAGCAGUAUCUGGUUCGUGCUUUAGAGAUUGCCCAUCCCUAAAGGAAGCUGAUGUUGGAAUUUUUAUGGGUGACCUAAAUGUUGCAGAUGAUACGGAUAUUGUUGUCUUGAACAAAAGUUUCUUGACAAUCUUUACCAUCAUGAAAUUGGGAAGAUGCGUCUGCGAAAGCAUUAAAAAGUUCUUGCAAUUGCAACUAACUCUCAAUAUUACUGCGUUCACUGUCAACUUCAUCUUUGCAAUAGCUAGGAAAGAGGUACAACAAAUUUUUCCAUUUCAAGUCCUGUGGAUAAAUCUAAUUAUGGAUGUUCUUGGUGCCUUAGCUUUGGCUACAAGAAUAGCUGAGAUACCUGGAGACUCGGCUGUCAAUAGUGCAGAUGAUCCUUUCAUUACCAGGACAAGUGGAGAAACAUAG